AUGGCUUCCCACGACUACGUGCUCGUCGGCACCAAGGACGGCGUGCUCCUGCGCGAUCCAUUCUCGUCGCAUCCCAUGUUCCAGGAAGUGCUCAUCGCCACGCCCGAGGGCGCCAUGCUCGACGUCACCACGGCCUUCCACGAGAUGCAGCUCGAGCAGCUGCCGAUCCCGGAGCAGCCGCCGGCGUCGCGAGAGCGGCGCGCGACGUAUCCGGACGACGCGCUCCGCUUCCCGGCCUCCGGGAACCUGCGGUUCCCGGCCAAGCCGUUGCCGUCGUCGCCCAAGAGCGUCACGGACACGCUCGACGCCAUGGCGCCGCCGCCGCCGCCCCUCAAGCUCGACGGCGACGGGACGCGCCGCGUCGGCCCGUCGUCGACGCGCCUCCGGGGCCGCAGCGUCGACGAGCUCAUCAGCGAGCUCACCGCGCGGCCCACCGCCGACGGCAUCGACCUGACCGCGCUCCGCUCGGGCCUGUGA